CGGGGCAGAGCGUCGCAGAGCCGCGAGCCCGCGAGGAGCGCGCGGUCCGCCGGUCCCCGCGUCCCCAGAUCCGUCGCCAUGGCCAGCCAGGAGCUGGCGCUCAAGCUGCAGCGGCGACUGCAGUGGGAGGAGGCGGAGGAGGGCCGCCCCCAGCCCGCGCCCCGCGCCUUGGCCGCGCGGGAGCCCGAGUCCGAGUCCCCCGCCUGGGCGCCCACCGCCUGCGCGGACGCCGAGCUGAGCGCGCAGCUGACCCGACGGCUGGACAUCAACGAGGGCACCGCGCGGCCUCGCCGCUGCAAGGUCUUCAACCCCUACACCGAGUUCCCCGAGUUCAGCCGCCGCCUCAUCAAGGACCUGGAGAGCAAGUUCAAACUGUAUGACGCUGGACGGGACGGCUUCAUUGACCUGAUGGAGCUGAAGCUGAUGAUGGAGAAGCUGGGGGCUCCCCAGACCCACCUGGGCCUGAAAAACAUGAUCAAGGAAGUGGAUGAGGACUUCGACGGCCAGCUCAGCUUCCGCGAGUUCCUGCUCAUAUUCCACAAGGCUGCCGCCGGGGAGCUGGAAGAGGACAGCGGGCUGAUGGCGCUGGCCAAGCUCUCCGAGAUCGAUGUGGCCCAGGAGGGCGUCAAAGGUGCCAAGGACUUCUUUGAAGCUAAGGUCCAAGCUUUGUCCUGUGCCAGUAAGUUUGAAGCUGAGCUAAAAGCGGAGCAAGAUGAGCGGAAGCGGGAGGAGGAGAAGAGGAGACUCCGCCAAGCGGCCUUCCGGGAGCUCAAGGCUGCUUUCAGCACAUAGUCGGGCGACCUUGACCUCCAUCCACCCAGUGCCUCACAGAUGCCCCCGAGAGAGCUGGCUGGGCAUCCUCACCCCUGCCACUCCUGCCCCCCAGCCAGCCUUCGCACCCACCACCCGAUGCAAACUCAGCCUCAUGGGGCGACAGCUGAGGCUCUCGUCCCUGUGUGGGAGCCCCUCCCAAGGGUCCUGGGAUGAGCCAACUGCCCCCCUUGCUUCUCUUUCCUGCCCUCCUCCUGCUGUAGCCAGAUCGUGCGUCUACUUGGCAACUUGUACUUUUUCCUUGUCCCUUUGCCGUUCUGCAUCGAAGAGUGUUACUUUGUGCAGAUACUUGUUUCUUUGCUGGUCCUCAGAGGAGAUAGCCCCUGGAGGGCUCUGAUGUUAAUGUCACCCCAUUUUCUUGGGUAAUUCUCUGCCCCUCUCCUCUCUGGGUCUCCCUCCCCUUUGUUUCUUAUCCACCUUCCCUGUUUUCAUUCUGAGCCUGAUUCUGCCAGUUGCUUUUGCUGCUUCUGUCUUUUGAUGAUGGUGAGGUUGAAGGCAAACCAGGCUGGACCACUGCCUGUCCCCUCUUCAAUAGGGGGAGUGGCAUGCUGCUGAGAUGACAGAAUAGUAGAAAAAUAGAACAUUCUGUUCCUUCCUAUCACCUUUCUCCUGUCCUUGUAGCAUUCCCCACGGACCCACCCCCUUCAUUACCCCCUCUAUUCAUGUCUUCUCAUUUCAGCCUUUCCUCCUGCUCUUAAAUACUGUCCUACUCAGCUGUAAAAGAAAAAUCGGAAGUGAUACUAAUGUGUAGAAGAAUCCCUGUUAAUUCUGACUAUGCAAAUUAUAUUGUAGCAGACGCCUACAUUCCCAAGUGACAAAUCCAGAGCUUUUCAAAACCCCCAAAGUCAUGACCAUCCUCAUCUGGCCAGUUUCCAGCUUUUGCUCCCAAGAUGUUGAGGUGAUGCUGUUCUACACCCAGGGCAAAUUUUUAUAUGUUGUGCGUUCUUGGGAUUGCUCGCAAAUACCAGGGGUUUGCUGUAUUUUUAAAAAUACUUCCCAGCAUCAUAUUUAUUACUUUUCUUUUGUAACUGCUGUCUUUACAACAGGAAAACAUCUGCAUUUCUACUUUACAGCUGUCUCUUUUUAAAUAAACUGUGCAAAUGGACUUUGCCAUCACAUCCAUGUGCUUCUAGUCUUCUUUGAUUUGGGGGGAGAGAGUGUUCUUUGCAGGGGCCACAUCCAUCCCAGGCUCCUGUUUGACACCAGCUCCUGGAAGUAGAGUUAGGAGUGGUAACUGGAGGGUCAGCUUUCCUCAGGGGCAUUCUGCGUAUUGAGGUUGUGUGUCAGCCGCUCACCCCCUUCCCGUCACCGAGGAUUCUCUCAGCCGUAGGUAAAAUCUGCGGCUUAAAUUCUCUUGCCUCCUAGACCCCUUGAAACUCUGAUGAGGGCCAGUGACCCCUCCCUCCUUCCCAUGUAGAUUCUGGGGCAUUUGGGGACCUGAGUAAGGACCUCUGUCCUAAGAGAACACCCAUAGCUCCCCAGGGAGGAUCGUUUCGGUUUUCGCGCAAAAUCAAGACCUACGAUUCUUGGGCAUUGUUUUUCCAGGUAGGGUCACCCUCCAACCUCCCCACCUGAGGAAGUGGACACGAAAAAGGAACGGAGACACUCUGACCAUACAAUCCAGGAAGCGUGCUUGGCAUUUUCUCAAACAAGCUGAGAACCUCUGUCUACAAAAAAAACCCACACAUGAAUGUUUAUAGCAGCUAUUUCUUAUUUUCCAAAACUUGGGAGCAGCCAAGAUGUUUUUCGGUAGGUGAAUGGAUAAACUGGUACAUUUGUACAAUGGAAUAUUCAGCCAUGAAAAGAAAUAUUAGCAAUGAAAAAAAAACUGAGCUGUCACAGAACGACAGAGGAAACUUAAAAUGCAUAUUGCUAAGUGGAAGAAGCCAGUCUGGAAAGGUUACACACGGUAUGACAAAACUAUGAAAACCAUGAAGUAAAAGUCGGGGGUUUUGAGAAGGAAAGGGCAGGAUGAAUAGGUGGAGCACGGGGAAUUUUUAGUGGUCCUAUAGUGAUCCUAUAGAGGUCAUUAUACAUUGUCAUUGUCAAAACCCACAGAAUGCACCACACUAAAAAGCAUCCCCUGAUGUAAACUGUGGACUUCAGUUAGUAAUAAGGUAUCAAUAUGGGCACAUCAAUUGUAACAAACAUACGCUAAUGCCAGAUGUUAGUAAUGGGGGGAGGGGGGGCAGGGAGAGAGGUAUAUGGGAAGUGUACUUUCUCCCAAGUUUUUCUGCAAAUCUGAAACUGUGCUAGGGGCGCCUGGGUGGCAGAAGCUAGUAGCUUAGCUUCUCUGAUCCUCAGUCUUCACCUGUAAAACACAGAUUAUGAUCAUCGACCUGGCCGAUACCAAGCCUGGCACUUAUUAGUGCUCAGGACAUAAUUGGUUCCCUCUCUAUCUUCCCGCUUGCACGACUGCACUCCUGUUUCCUCCUGAGCCCUGGGUCUCCAAAGUCAGGGGCAAAGGAUCCCAGGCCAGGGUGGCCCAGUUCUGGCUGCUGCCUUGGCCCCAAGCACAGGUGCCUUCUUUCUCACUUUGUUCUUUUGAGGCUCCUGACCUCACCAGCCCAGGGAGAUUCCUGCCGCAGCGCCUGCCCACCUGCCACACCCCCUGCAGCUGCCACUUGCUGAGUCCUCCCGGCUGGAUCACUGGAUCACGUGACCCGACACCUGUGGCCUUGCCCCUGCUCAGAUUUCUGCCUGCUCACCCUGCCUGCCCACCAGGCCGGAUUCUGGUCACAUCUCUGCCCACAGGGCUGACUUAUAGGAACAAUGGUUCCAUAGCUAUCCCCAGGGUCCUGUGCUGGUGGGAGGUCCUGGGGUGCAACUUAGGGUUCCACAGCUUAGGGAAGUGCUGAGGCUAGACCUUAUCGGGUCAGUUUCCCCUCCCCUGCAUCCUUUCUGAAACCAAUCACUUUUAGAACUCUGCCACAUGGUAUUGGAAGUGCACAGUGCUCUUGCCUUUUUGAAGGGCAAUUUGGUAGACUGUUAAAAUUGAAAAUUGUGGGCACCUGGGGGGCUCAGCUGGUUAAACAACUGCCUUCAGCUCAGGUCAUGAUCCUGGAGUCCCAGGAUCGAGUCCCACUCGGGCUCCCUGCUCAACAGGGAGUCUGCUUCUCCCUCUGACCCUCCCCCCUGUCAUGUGCUCUCUCUCUCAUUCUCUCUCUCUCAAAUAAAUAAAUAAAUAAAAGCUUAAAAAAAAUUGAAAAUUGUAGGGGCACCUGGGUGGCUCAGUCAGUGAAGGGUCUGCCUUCAGCUCAGGUCAUGAUCCCAGGGUCCUGGGAUCGAGCUCCACAUCAGGCUCUCUGCUCAGCGGGGAGCCUGCUUCUCUCUCUCCCUCUGCCUGAUGCUUUGCCUGCUUGUGCGCGCUCUCCUCUGUCAAAUAAAUAAAUAGGGGAGGCUGGGUGGCUCAGUUGUUAAGUGUCUGUCUUCGGCUCAGGUCAUGGUCCCAGGGUCCUGGGAUCAAGCCCCGCAUUGGGCUCCCUGCUCCA